CUUUGAUUUCACAUUCAAAAUGGCUUCAAAUCAAAUGGGACUGUGGCUAAUAUCGUGUUGUCCAACUACAUUAUGUAUAUACCUUGUGUCAUUUCUUUUGGUAGGAUUCACAUUGUCAUCUCGUUUUAGAUAUUACAUCAGAUUUUCAUGUCUGAUUUUAUACUAUUUUUUGAUGAGUUUUGUUAUUAUUCUCAUGACAAUGUUCACGCCGGGAUCAAGGAAUAACAUAUACAAAAUCAGUAAAGUGGUUCGUUGGACAGAUAUCAUAUGGGGAAUCAAAUAUAAUAUUAAUGGAAUAGAAAAUUUUAAGGAAGGACAAAACUACGUAAUUGUGUCGAACCAUCAAAGCAUGUUUGACAUGAACAUUGUGCUUAAUUUAGCACCGAAAAGGACAGCUUGUGUGGCAAAAAGAGAUAUUCUAUACAUUCCCGUUGUGGGGUUCAUGUUUUGGUUGAUGGGUAUGUUUUUAAUCAACAGAAAAAACCAUGAUAAAGCAGUCGAUAUGUUAAAUGCUGCUGCAGAAGCGAUGAAAAGAGAAAAGUUCAAUGUACUGAUUUUUCCUGAAGGAACGAGGCAUCAGGGGAAACAUUUGCUUCCGUUUAAAAAAGGGGCAUUUCAUCUUGCACAGCAAACUCAGUUUUCCAUAUUACCUAUUGUGAUUUCAAAUUAUGAAGACAUCAUUCAUUUUGGAAAGUGCAGAUUCUCAGCUGGUACAAUAAAUAUUACAAUUCUGCCCGAGGUAACAACUGUUGGCCUAAAACCUGAUGAUGUUCCCAACUUGACACAAAGGGUUCAUUCAAUCAUGGAAAAUGAAUAUGAGAAAUAAAAUUUAGGGCAAUGUAUGGGUAAUGUGUUCUGUAAUAUAAUAUAAUUUACCAUCGAGUUUUGAAUAUAUUUUCCAAAUUAUACAUAGAUUUUAUUAAUUAUUUUUUUGUGACAAUCAUUCAAUACGCAUUUUAUGUUCUUGGUUUGCAGUUCUCAAUACAAAUAUAUUUGAUAUUUAA